AUGUCCCCUAUACUUCAUCCUCCAGUCGAUCCGGCUACUCCAGAUUCCACCAUCGAACGCCAACGUCUGACGACUUCAACUGCUAAUGUCUGUCGACUUCCAUUAUCGUCGCAGGUAGUAGCGUCGUCGAUCAGAGCAGCUUCGCCGAUCACAAUCGCUCUGUCGACCACAACAGAGUCGCAGACCAUCGACAUCCUCAGCCACCCCUCCCCCCCACUCAGCCACACAGCCGUCUUCCAUUCCUUCGCCACCGCCUUCUUCCUGCAACUCCGGCUUGAUUCGAUUUUCUUUACCGGUAAUCUUAGUUGGCCUUUUGGAAUUCGUAAAAACUAUUUUCACCACUGA